AUGCCUGUCCGCGGGCUCGAUGUCUGGCUCGCAGAGCGCGGUCUCGUCAAGGAGUGCCCGCUCCAGGCGCUCGCCGGCACUCGACUAGGCAUUGACGCCCAUCACUAUCUCCGCAAACUGCUCAGCCUGCGCGAACCGCUCGACAAGCAUGAUGCUUUCACUGCUGCGAUUGGCGGACUGCCUUUGACGCUGGCGACGGAGAUCGAGGGCAACAUGCACACGCUGCAGUCGCUCGGAAUCAAGCCGGUCAUUGUCUUCAACGGCAUCAACCCUCUCGACCGCGAGCGACCUUCUCCGAACGACGAGCGCAGCUGGCGGCGAGGGCAGGCGUGGGAGCACUACGAGCACGGUCGCUUGCCGCAGGCGCAGACAGACUUCGGCUCGUCGAGCUCGAUCUCGCCGCAAGAUGUCUUCCGUCUCGUCCUGCGCCAGUUCAAGCAGCGCACAACCGAGUUUGUCGUCGCGCCUUACCUCGCCUGGGCCCAACUCGCCUACCUCGAACGCCAUGAGCGAGCCUACGUCCACUCGAUCUACGGAGCGAACGAGCUGUUCAUGUUCGACGGACUCGACCGCAUCAUCCUCGACAUCGACUUCGACCGCCAGACCAUCUCCUUCGCCUCGAAAGCUGCCCUUCUCGACUCUAUGAGCCUCACCUCGGACCAGUUCCUCGACCUCUGCGUCCUCGCCGGCUUCGACGGCUCACCUACCUUCCCCGCCAUCGACCCUCAGGGCUUCCACCUUCGCUCGGUCGUCGAAGCGAUCAAGCAGCGUGGCUCAGGCGUGAACGCUGUCCUCGCACACCAGAACUUCGGCCCCGUCUACCAGUCCAACUACGCCGACACCUUUGCCCGCUCACGCGCCAUGAUCAAGUUCUCCCUCGUCCUCGUCGCCCACGAAGGGCGCGUCCUCCCUCUCCCGCUCAUUACUCCUCCAGCGGCACCUAUCGGCCCCAACUCUCACCAGCACCAGUCUCCUCAAAUCUACACCUCUGCAGACAUUCCCGUCGACCUCGGCGAAAUCUUCUCCUCGCACUUCCCCGAAGAGGUGUACUACCAGAUCUUCCGCGGCCUCGUCGCCCCACAGGUCAUCUCCCCUCUCGCGACAGGCCAGGUCAUCGAGCAGACGCCUCUCUGCGGCAGCACGCUCGAGUACGAGCGGUACAUCAAGUCGCUCAACGAGCUGCCGCAGUCGCCGCGAUGCGUCUCGCUCGCCCUCGUCAGCAACGUCCUCAACCCGCUGUGGAGCAAGAAGCCCGUCUCGGCCGUGUACUACUUCCAGCCCGGCGCAGAAACGGUCAUCCCGCACGCUGCGCCGCAUACCCAGGCAUUUGUCGAGAGCGUGUCGAAGUGGAACGUCGGUGCGCGGCACAUCGAGGACGAGCUGCGGAGACAGGCUUCCUCGACCAUCGACCUUUGCCUGUGCCUCGGCGGCACGAGCACGGCCAGUCUGGCGCAGCGGACAAUUGUGCCGAAGAACGCGGACCGACCGCUCGACAAGAAGGACGAGAUCGUCGCCAAUACGCUCUGGCGCUUCCUCGAGCUGCGAUCCUUCCUCACCUCGGCGCAUCAGCACACCCCUCACGCGGCUGCGCUCCACCUCGCGAUGAAGAACUCAAAGGUCAACGACAAGUUCCAAGAGCCGCUCUUCCUCGCUAUGGAGCUCCUGCGCGCCAACGUCCUGCACAACGGCCGCAUCGGGACGCGGCCAUACUCGGGCGGUCCGAACCUCGGCGGGACCGAGGCGGACAAGCGGAGUAUGCUGCUCGUGAUGCGGGUACUGAGUAUCGUUCCGCUCGUCUUCACCCCCGGCGCCUGGAACGGGCCCUUGUCGCGCGAGCUCCUCGUCUUCAACUCCUUCAUCCGCGCCACCUCCCGCUCGAUGCGCACGCUCAUCGAAGCCGUCGCCGUCAACUUUCUCCUCCGCUCGGACGCCCAGCGGUCGUACAACGACUACCUCGGCGUUGCUUUCUCGUUGCCGUUCCAAACCGACACGAACACGGGCAUGGGCAUCUUGUUCAAGGCGUACGGGGACGCGUUCACGAGCAUGGCGGGCGGGCUCGAGAUGGUCCAGCGGUCGUUGGUCAAGGACGGAGGGGAGGGAGCGUUGUCAGCUGAGGAGAAGGAGAAGGUCCGCGCGGCGAAGGAGGAAGUCCUUGGGUUGUUGCAGGGCGCCUUCACGAACGUCAAGAGCGUCCGCGCCGAACUCGAGCGCGGUUUCCGCUUCUGGAACUUGAUCAUGCUCGCAGUCCGCUCGCUCCGCCAGCCGACAGCCGGACCGUCCAUCGCACCCGACCUCGCCGACCAGUUCGAAGCAGCAGACGUCUGGCUCAAGCCGUUCGUCUUGCAAUGA